CUCCCCGAAACCCCAACCCCCCGCCGCCGGAAAACCUAACACAGCCGCCCGCCCACCUCCCUCCGUCUCCCCUGCCCCUCCCAACAUGGACCCCGACUUCCGGUUCGACCCGGACGGCUCCGACGACGAGGCACCGGCGGGUGCCGCCGCGCGGCGCAAGCCCGCGCAGUCGCCGUGGGAGUUCUCCACGUACGCCGAGUCCGUGGCGGCGGAGCACGCGGCGCGCCGCACCACCUCCAUCGACGAGAAGAUCUCCCAGGCCCUCCGGGGCCGGCGCAACCCCUCCAUGCCCGAUGGCUCCGAGGACGAGGAGGAGGAUGAUGCUGAUGACGACAGCGACGAGGAGGCGGCGGUGAAGGGGGAGAGCGGGGACGACGAGGACGAGAUCGAGGAGAGCGACGACGACGAAGAGAUCGAGUCGAGCGGCGGGGAGGAGGAUGGUGAAGUGGAAGCUGGCGGGCAAGAAGAAGAGGAAGAGGAUGAAGAGGUGGGGGAAGAAGAAGAGGCUGUGCAAGAGGAAGACGAUGCACCCGAGCAACCGGAUCCAUCUCAAUUCUUCGCGUCAUCGGAAGGAGCUUCAUUCAGUGCAAGGUCGUUUCUUGAGCUCAACUUAUCACGCCCACUCAUUCGAGCCUGUGAAGCACUGGGCUACCAGAAGCCGACACCGAUUCAGGCCGCAUGCAUCCCUCUGGCAUUAACAGGGCGGGACAUAUGCGGCAGCGCCAUCACAGGAUCAGGGAAGACGGCUGCUUUCUCUCUGCCCGUGCUGGAGCGUCUGCUUUUCCGGCCAAAGCGCGUGCCUGCCAUCAGGGUGCUUAUUCUCACUCCAACCAGAGAGCUGGCUGCACAGGUCCAUAGCAUGAUUGAGAAAUUAGCCCAGUUUACUGAUAUCAGGUGCUGUCUCAUAGUGGGUGGGCUUCCAACCAAGGCACAGGAGGUGGCUUUAAGGUCGAAUCCUGACAUUGUGGUUGCCACUCCUGGGCGUAUAGUGGAUCAUCUGCGCAACUCCCUUUCUGUCGGGCUUGAAGAUCUUGCAGUUUUGAUCCUUGACGAAGCUGAUCGUUUGCUAGAAUUGGGUUUCAGUGUUGAAAUUGGUGAGCUGAUUCGCAUGUGUCCUAAAAGGAGGCAGACCAUGCUCUUUUCUGCUACAAUGACGGAGCAGAUCGAUGAGCUCGUGAAACUUUCUCUGAACAAGCCAGUCCGUCUUGAAGCUGAUCCUUCGCUGAAACGCCCUGCAACAUUGACUGAAGAGGUGGUUAGAAUACGGCGAUCACGUGAAGCAACUCAAGAAGCUGUUCUGCUUGCUCUCUGUUUGAAGACCUUCAAGGAAAGAGUGAUCAUUUUUAGUGGGACAAAGCAUUCUGCUCACAGACUGAAGAUACUGUUUGGUCUGUCUGGGAUAAAAGCUGCUGAGCUUCAUGGCAACCUUACACAGGCGCAGCGGCUUGAGGCUUUAGAACAAUUCAAAAAGCAAGAAGCGGACAUCCUGAUUGCAACUGAUAUUGCAGCUCGUGGUAUUGACAUUGUUGGUGUUCGAACUGUCAUAAAUUUUGCCUGUCCACGUGAUGUCAAAACUUACCUUCAUCGUGUUGGCCGUACUGCAAGGGCUGGCAGGGAAGGAUAUGCUGUGACAUUUGUUACUGAUGAUGAUAGAUCCCUCUUGAAAGCUAUUGCAAAGAAGGCUGGUUCUCAGCUGAAAAGCCGCAUUGUUGCCGAGAAACCUGUGUCUGACUGUGCAAAAUUAAUUGAGCAGCUGGAGCAUCAAAUUUCUAACAUAAUUCUGGAAGAAAGGGAGGAAAUGGCAUUGAGAAAGGCUGAAAUGGAAGCUACAAAGGCAGAAAAUAUGAUAGCUCACAGGGAUGAGAUAUAUUCACGCCCCAAGAGAACCUGGUUUGCUACUGAGAAGGAAAAGAAACUUUUGGCAAAGGCUGCUAAAGAAUCCUUGGAUCAAGUUAAAGGUGGUUCUGUAGUUGUUAGUGCUCAGCAAGCUGAAGAUCUUCGUCUGAAGGAGAAAAGAAGAAGAGAGCGUGAGAAAAACCUACCUAGGAAGAAACGCAGAAAAUUGGAGGCGCAACGGGAGAUGCUGGAGGAGGAGAAGGAAGAUGAGGAGGAAGCUCAGGAAAGCAAAGGAGGGAAGAAAGCAAAGAGUAGCCAAUCUGUAGUUGAUGUCGCUUAUCGCAGGGCAAAAUCAAUGAAGGCGACGGGCAAAACCGGCAUUCGCUCUAGCAAAGGAAAGAAUGAGAAAGGGUCAAAACAGCCUUCUGAAAAGGGCCAAACCAGGCAAGAGGAAAUGCAUGAACUGUUCCAGAAUGAUAUGAGUGAAUGGAAGCAGGGUCGUUCCCUGAAGAAAAAGGACACCUCGUUUGCAAAGAAAUCUAAGAAUUCCUUCAAGAGCAAAUCAAGGUACAAGCGACGUAAGUAGAAGGCCUGUCAACAUGUGACGGCUUAUCACAACUGGGCGGGCACUGCAUUCUGUUGUGACAUUUUUUAUAAGUUUGCCCUAAAGAAUUGCCAGGGUCCUCAUGUUGUUCCCUGUUUAGUAGUUCUAAGAAUUUUACCCAUACUAUGUAAUGGCAUUGUUCUGAAAUUA